AUGGACUCCUCGCCUGACCAGCAGUCAAAUAUCCUCGGCUGGGACGAGGGCGAUGUGCAUGCUUGGCUUGUCAAGCUCGGCCUCCCGCAGUAUGAGAGCCAGAUUCGAGAACACAGAAUAAGCGGGGAGAUCCUCUGCGUGCUUGACGCAGAAGCAUUGAAAGACGUCGGCAUCGCCACCAUUGGACAGCGGCUAGCGAUUCUCAAGGGCGUGUACAACCUCAAGCUCGCCCAGGGAAUCCCCAUAGAGCCGGAUCAUUAUGUUCCGCCUUCGGAGGCAGAGGAGCGGAAGGAGCAAGUGAACGUAGAGAAGCUAUAUGACCUACUCCGGGAACAGAGUGAUCGGCUGCGACAUUUGGAGGAUGACAAUCGGAGGCUGAGCGACAAUCUUCAAUCCUGUCUUGAGGAUGUGAGCAGCGUGAGGAAUAGCAUGGUGUCUCAACGCCCACAGACCGAGACCGAAAGUCCCGUCCGGCAACAUUCUUUCAAAUGGGCGUCGUUUGUGAAGCCUUCGCGCUCACCAACGAAAGCUGCACUAGAGGUCGUGGAGUCACCGCAGCCGUCCCCACAACGAUUCGAACACGAGAUCAAUUCAAAUACAUCCCGCACUGGCACUUCAUCCGACCGUUCACGGUCACAGCCGACGUCUACCAAUGGCGAGUCCGCGUCAACUUCGCAAACGAACGGCGCCUCGAGUAGUCUGCAACCACCUCCGAAGCCCAUGCGCCAGGAUAGCUCCGACAACCUGAAGAGCUUCAAGGUCAGUCUUGAUGAUCCAGCAUGGAAGGUUCUCCCCGCGGCCCUCAAGAAGUACAAAAUCAACAACGACGAUUGGCAAAACUAUGCUAUGUUUAUUUGUUAUGGCAAUCCAGGAAAUCGGAUCGAGAGGUGUUUAAGUUACGACGAGAAACCACUACUUUUAUUCCAGAGGCUCAAAGACGCGAAGAAGAACCCGGUGUUCAUGCUGAAACACAUCAAAGAUAUCCGCUCCCCAAUCGCCGUUGCGCAGCAGAAGCAGGCUGCCCGCAGAGCUUCCUCGGAGACUUCCUCAGCGCGGUCGCCGCCUACAUCUUCAUCACAGCACAACCAUGGCCAGAACCUGCAGGCACAGGGCGAGAACGGUAAUGGACAUCCCCCAAAGCUGCAGGUAAACAGUCGUGUAGCCACCACGCCUGGUCUCCUGACGGGUGUGCCAAAUGCGCAGUCAGGCUGGCCGGAACUCAUGUCUCCGGUGGUGGAAAACAAGGAGCGCGCGGAAGAGCUGGGUGGUUCGGGGGACCAUCUCAAGUCGCAAGGCUCAAGCGGGGGAGUGGGCGGGGAUGGACUACCACCCCCGGCAGUGGUGCGGGAGAUCCCGCCGUCGACGGGAGUGUCGUACGCGGUGGCUAUCUACCCGUACAUGGCAGAACAAGAGGACGAGUUCGACGUGGUUGUUGGAGACACGUUCAUCAUCCUUUCGAGAGCGCGUGGCUGGUGGGUCGUACAGCGGGAUGAGGCAGGCUUCGGAGUAGUCGAGCCUGACUCCAGCCAGCAAGGCUGGGUCCCUGCUGGCUGUCUGCUCGAGACAAAUGUGCCUGUCGCUACUGCCAUUGCCGAGGCCACUACAGCGCGUGGCUCCCCACCACAAUCGCCUGGCGGAAAGACCCCGAUUCUUCCGCUCAGCAUCCUGUCCACAAGCUUCCCGGGCAUCGCUUUGAUGGACUACAAGAGGAAGGGCGACGAGGAGCUUAACCUCAAUAAGGAUGACUACCUGCGAGUGUUCAAGCGAUACAACCAUUGGUCCUACGCCGUCAAAGAGGAGUCGGGUGAUCGUGGUUGGGUGCCGUCCUGGUUCAUCGGCAAGGUCCCGACAACGUUGGGCGCCCCACAGACGCCGAGCACGAGCGGCGCUCCCAACACACUAUCAGCUUACACCGAGGGCGACUCGCGCUACGGGAGCGACUCCUCUGUAGGCCAGCAGCCCCAGGUCUCUCCCAUGUCCUCGGCAUUCCCUCCAAUGCAAACGCGCACCACGACCGUCGCCUAGGCACGGCCGGCACCGUUUGCCUCCUCCCGUUUUCUCGUUCACGACUUUCACGUUCACAUGCAACCACUUGGGCUCGGCAUACAUCAAGAUGACCAAUUUCGCGCAGACGCACCGCGCACUUCGCACCUUCUGCAUGCUUUCUACAGUAUAUACUUAUUUAUCGGACGCCUUGCUAUGCUUCUCUCGCUUGACAUUUUCCGUAAUUGUCCUUGCAUACGUUCCGUCCGCACGCCGACUUGGAUUCGUUCUUUCUGUAUGAUAUUGGUCCUGCUCCUGUCGCUCUCAUGCCCCAGCCAUCAAUGUCUGGCUGUCUGUAUUCAGUACGUGCGCCUGGUGGAAUGCACCAGGCAUCCUCAA